AUCUCAAGUUCGAUAACACUCGAUAGCCAUUUUCGAGAGAAAAUGGCGACUUAUAUAAAACGUAAUAUAACACAAAUAACAACUUCAUACUUGUUAAAUGUUUAAACGUUGAAAUUGAAUAAAGUGACAAUAAAUAACAUCAAAAUUUGCGAAAUUUUGAUAAUUUGUUCAAGAGUUGUUAAAUUAUCUAACCUAUAAUAUUCAAGUUAUAUGUUGUGUUGAUGCUAAUAAUGUUCUGCAUGUUUUAACAUUUCUACUUGUAAAAAUAUUUCAAAUAAUUUCUAAAUAAUAGAAAGAAAGUAUUGUUAAUGAUGAGAAAGAUGCAUAUGUCUGGAGACUUUGUUUUACAUGGUGGUAAUACUGCGUUUGCAAACAGACAGAAAUUGUUGUUUGACAAACUGUCAGAUGCAGAACAAGAAUGUAAUAAGAAUAAAAUGAUAGUGGAGGCAUCAAAGGUGAAUAUAGAUAUUGAUGAAUAUAAGAAAUCUCAAGCACCAAGAGCUGGUCAAAAACGUAAAAGUGAAAUGAAGAGGUUUCGUGGUAAGGAAAGUAUUUUCAAGCGGCCAGAAGGUCCAGCACCACGUGCCAGUAACAGAAAUGUACCGGAUUAUCAUAAAAAUCCUCAUAAAUGGAAGAAAUACAGUUUAGAUGAUGUGUCUAAUGACGAUAUGACAGAACAAAGCAACACGAGAGCUGCAUUAUCCUUCUUGAAGGAAUUAAAAACUAGAAGACUGACAAACAAAAGUGAGGAGGAAAUGGAUGUAGAAGAAUCUAAUUCAGUUGAAAGCAAUGAAUCUAAAAUAAUAUUUAAGUCCAGAAAGACUAAAACAGCUUCAGAUAUUCAAUUCAAAAAACCUGAAAAUGAAGCAGAAGAUAUAAAUAAUGCAACAGUCAUAGUUGAUAGCGAAGAUAAACCAAUAUUUAGGAGUAGCAAAAUUAUUAUGCCAGAAUAUGUUGUUGGUCAGAAGCAAAAGAAGAAAAGCAAAAAAGAAAAACCUCAAAUAAAACUGGAUCGAUCGAUACAGCUCAAAUUGGAUCACUUAGAAGAACUCGAUGAAGAGGAGGAUUAAAUGUACAUAUACAUCUCACGUUACUGCAGCAAAUGUAAUUGUACCUAUUAAAUUGUGUAACACGAACAUUUGAUAUAUUUUAUUGAUUAAUGUACUUUCAACAUAAUAAUAAUAAAGUAUUACUUUAAGCACAAAACAUUUAAUAUUUUAAAUAGCUUAUACCUUAUCCUGUUUUUAAGUUGUAAAAAGUUUAGGUGUUAUGAAUUUUUUGUAAAUUUUGAAUAAAAGCGCUACAGUAGGUUCUUCCGGAAAUGAUGCGAUUGCGCACAUGUAUCGCAACUUGUGACUAUUUCCUGUCGGCUUUAAUUAUUGGUAUUCAAAAGUUCUGACUCUGUUUCGAAAGUUUCUUAGUUUCCGUGUCAAUAAUGCAGAUGAGUGAACGAAGUACGAAUCAUUGGACUUCGACGCAUCGACACAUCUAAAACCAUGCUUACAUUCCACAGAAGAAUCCCUAGACAGGGGACCGUUCAUGAAAAUCACAGAUAAGCUAGUAACGAGAUUGCCAUAGGUCGUGGACCUACACAGAAAUCUUUCGAACAGAUGUCGAACGCGGAAACGAUCCUCAGGUCGCACUUUCAAACUCGUUCCAACGCUGUAUACAGUGAUCAUUAAUAUUCGGACACUAUAAAUUAUUUUACUGUAAGAACGCGUCAGUAGCGUCAACCAUGGAGAUCUACGAUUUCGACUGUCACGUGGUUAUCCGAAUAACGCCGAAGGGAAACGAAGUGACCCGAUCUGUCAUUCGUCUGCUUACCGCGAAUCUUAUUAAAGCGAAUUCUUUAUACAAAAUAAACUCUCGGAAUUGCAAAUAAAUAUGUUGUGAAAUA